AUGGGUAGCCGCUGGUCCAAGUCAAGUAUUAUCUGAAAGAUGGUAAAAUUUGGUUAAUUAUCAUAAUCGCCGAUUAAUUAAAGCAAUUAAAAUCCUUGAACCUAUAGUACAAACCAUAGUUAAUAGAAAAAAGGAAAGCGAAGACUUGACCAAAGUGAUCCAUCAAUUAUUUUCCGGAGGACUUGAGUCUAUUGUUGAGUUGGGUGCAGAAUCCGUUCUUGGUAAUGACAGCGUGGGAGAGUACGAAUCAACUGAUAUGUUUAUUGUCUGGAGUGACAAUGCUCUACUUCGUUGUGAUACGUACUAUUACCGAUGGAACUUUGUGUCAAAAUCUGUAAUAAACGAAGUAGAAGGGGUGACUGGUUGUCUUUUGAUGAAACGAGUGAUUGAUAUAACAAAAACCGAUCCUCAAGUGUUGACCUGGGCUAUAACAAGAAUGGCAGAUCGUUUCAAUAACGCGGCAGAAGAGAAACCAGGUGACUCUGAAGAUGUCAUUAAUGAAGCCUUAAAAAUCUUGAAGAAUGUCGUGACAUUUCACCUGUGA